CAUGACAGUCAGCACAAUUGCAUGCUUAGAAUUUUAGCUACUGACUUGUGCUUUUUCAGACCGUGCAGUAAGAAGUCGAAAUGACUACCAGCGGGAACAGACGUCUAUUCAUGAAGCUCGGCAGCUGACUUUUGUAACGAAGACAGCCGGCUGCUCGAGAUAUUUAUUCCGGCGUCAUCAACGACAGCCCAGGGGUGCCAAACAACAAUCAUCAUUCAGUGUCAGCCAAAGGUAGCAGCUGGAGCUCAUAGGCGCCGCGUCCCUGCUUCUCUGAACCCUAUUAAAUCCUGCCUCAGCCUCAAGUGAACAAUGUCUGCGAAUCCCCUGCCUCAACACUCCAUCUGUAUUGGUCAUCUGAAGACAGACAUCUUACAUACAGAGCACCUUUCCAAAAGCUGACUGCCUGACUGCUGGUGUCUGUGGGUGUUGGCUUCCGUCUGUUUCUACUUCCUGGCCUCUGCUGUUGCUCAACAUUUUCUCACCUCUUCUCAGAGUGGAGGGUGCAGAAUCAUUUAGUGGUUAGAGAAACAUCUUCGGCUGUAUGAGUAUUAGGUAAGCUGGUGUUAUAUUAAGUCACUCGAGGCACUAAGUCCACACCAGCUCCAUGUUUGCUUUGUAGUGGAUUUUGACCUCCGAGUUCUCAGUGGAUACUGACAACAGAAAAAAGAAUUUCCAAGAAUCAACAAUCCCUCUAUCAAAAUACUGAUAUAUCUGCAUCCAAGAAAAGACCUUCAGCCUCAGACCAGGACUCUCCAGCUCCUCCUCCCUUUCAGCACCCACAGUACCAUGCUGUGUGCACUCCUGCGAAGGAACAUGUCCCAGAAGCUGAGUGUGCUGCUGCUGGUAUUUGGCCUGGCAUGGGGACUUAUGUUGCUGCGCUACACGGUGCAGCAACCUCGCCAUCAAAGCAGCUCUGAGCUACGUGAGCAGAUCCUGGAGCUCAGCCGGCGAUAUGUCAAGGUCCUGACAGAGGAGAACCAAAAUGCGCCAGGUGGGCCGCAGGGAACAUCUAUGGCUGGAUAUGCUGAUCUGAAGAGGACUAUAGCUGUGUUACUGGACGACAUUCUGACACGACUGGUCAAACUGGAGGGGAAGAUUGAAUUGGUGGUAAAUGUGUCCUCCACUAACACCUCCCACACAGCAGGGGGUGUCCUUGCCUCUGCUCCUGCUGCUCUACAGAAGUCCUCCAAACAGGAGACACCUGGCAGUCACCCAGGAACGUCACUCCUUCGCCCACAUGUCCGUAACAGACCUCAGCCGCGUCAAGGAGCAUAAUCUUGAUAGAUUUUUUUUUUUUUUUUAAUUUGAGCACAUCACAUUUUUCCAGCAUUUGUCACUGAUGUGAAGUGAAAAGCAAUAGCAAGACUUCUGGACAUCCAGAAACUUCAAAUUUGGGAUGCUUCUCAGUAAUGAUCAGCCUACUCAGAGGGAAGAACAAGGACUUCUAUAUGCUCUGUCGGAUUAUAUGCUGAUAUUUAUUUAUUUUAUACCAAGACUUUCCAGCUCAUUUUUUAUAUUUGCAUUGUUGAUUUUAUUUGGCAUAAAUUUUUAGAUUUUGUUGUUAAACUGUUAAAGCAAAUGCAGAGAGGUCAACACUCUUGGAACUGAACUAAUUUCUCAUGUGCUCUGUCAUAAAAACAGCUUAAAGUG